CUUUUUAGUAAUCUGAUGGCCUUUUUGAGCCUGGUCCAAAUCUGCUUAAUUCUCAUCUUGUCCAGAAUCAAAUUUAACUGACUCCGCAGUGGACAGCAAAGACUGCAAAAGAGUAAAGUGAAGUUUUUCUCCCUCUCUCCAAACAAAACUCUUGGAAAGGCGACUUGAAACACAGAACAUUCCUAAGACUAAGACGGACCUUGGCCUGAACUGACCAACUUGCUCUUCUGUCCUGGGCCCUGUUGCAUUUCUCACAUCCGUCCUUCUCCCUUCCCUCCAGCCAAGCCCACCAUCACUGUCUCCCCCACCAAGAUGGACCCCGGUUCCCCCAACACCAUCCUCCUUUGCACCGCAACAGGCUUUUACCCCUCAGAGAUCGACGUCCAGUGGCUGAAGAACGGGCAGCCAGAGAAGGAGGGCGUCGCCUUUGGGGAGGAGCUCCAGAAUGGAGACUGGACCUACCAGCUCCAGGUGAUGCUGGAGACCCAGCCCCAGCGUGGGGAUAUCUACACUUGCAAGGUGGGGCAUGCCAGCCUGGAGGCCCCAGUCACUGUCCAGUGGGAGCCACGUUCCUCCAACGCUGCCAAAAGCAAGCUCUGGACAGGGGCCAUGGGGGCUGUGCUGGGGGUGGUCUUCCUGGCUGUGGGGCUCUCCCUCUACCUGAAGAAGAAGAAGAAGAAAGCAAUUCCCAUCCAACAACCAGCAUUCAUGAGUUAAUCCUGCUAUCCUUUCCUGCUAUCAGAUGCAAAAUUGCUGAAGAAUUUCAGUACCUGCUGAAUUUCUGCCUUAUUUGCAACACUUCAAGGGUGAAGCUACAACAUUGGGGAGAGGAGGAGAAUCACAGCCUGGAUCUUCUCCUGUUAAGACCCACCAGCUUCCUUUCAGGGCCCCUCUGUCUUUUGAGGGAGGGGGAAACAGGGAAGGGGUGGAGACCAUCUAGUCUGCCCCCAGGAACUCUUCACCUGCCUGUUGCUCCAGACCCCCAAUUUCUCCUGCUCAGCACAGACUCCCAUUCAGAGCAAUGGCUGCAACCCAUCCGCCUACAGCCACUUAACCGAAAAUCCAUCUGGCGCUUAGCCAAGCCUGAAGGCCACCAGACUCAGAGAGAUCCAGAUGCUCCACAUGUACCAGGCACCCUGGGAUCCCCAUUUCCUGGGGCAUGAUCUCAGGGAUCUACUGGUCUCUGCCCAGCAGAGCCCUAACCUCUUUCCCCUUCCUUGGAUCCCCCCUCAUUUCUCCAUCUCAUCUCUCCUGGCUUUGAAUCUCAGGAGCUUCAUCUUCUUGCUAUUCUCCCCUGGGUCAAUUCCCUUGGCUUUUGUUUGCUAUAAAACAAUAAACUUUAGACUGUAGGAAAACCCUGGAAUGAUGUGAGCUGAUGCUGUCUGAAAAGUCUGGUCGCAGCUCCAUAUUCCCUCCAGGUCAGACACCAUUUAAUCAGCUCCCUCCAUCCCUGAAUAUCUGAUCCUCCGCAGAAGGGGACAGGUUUCCCACACAUAUCUGUAGGUCUCCUUGCCAGCAUGGCUCCUUUCAUCAGAAGGGAGCUCUUCCUUUGAAGCUCUUUCCUCACUACAUACAAUCAUACGGAUUCUCUCCAGUGUGGAUUCUUUGUCAGGAUCCUUGCAAUCAAUCAACUAUCAAUUUAUGUCAAUGAUUAGAUUUUAGGUUGUUAAGAAUGUUAGUUUAUACAAAUUGCUUGCUGGUUCCUGCCAUAAAAUAAGAGGGGGAGAGAUUUAGGUAGACAGAGACAGACAGACAGUUAUCAAGUUCUCAGGAACUCGCAAGGUCAUGCAGGUGUGAGACUAACCAAAGAUCCAAGAAAAGGUGUGAAAGGGAUUUGAACUUGAAAGGAGGGAAAUCGCAGAGAGGGGAGUUAAAAGGGAAACACUGAGACUGGGUUUUCAGUUUCAGCAAUCUAUGGAACGCUGUGUACUUCUUCUCA